AACGAUGAAAACUUCGUGGCCGUCGCGCUCGUCAUCAACCGCUCCCGCGACGGACCCGCCUUUGUCUUCCACUAUCCCUCCCAUGUCCCGGCGCUCUCCAACCUCGCCGACAAGGCAAAGAACAUUGACGCCGAGGACGUGCUUUUCGAGCGCCUGUCACAGCCUGCUGGCGCCGAGCCCGCGCCGGAGCCCUCCGAGAACCGUGGCAGCGUUCGUGAUGACCACUACGUGACCGAAUCGGGAUCGCAGGUCGUGCCUUGGGAACAUGUAGCCGGCUUUCCAGCCCGUGAUCUUGCCGGCAUCUUGACUCCUGCUCGCUCCUAUCACAAGAGGCUUUUCCAGCUCUCUCUCGACCCGCUCCUCUGUGUCUCUUAUCCCAUCCACGUACCUGAAAAUGGCAAGUGGAAGAAGCCGAAAAAGGCCAGCAAGGCAAAGGCUGCCAAGGAGCUUGAUGAGGGCAUUGCACCAGACGAGCCCAACCCUCCCGUACGUGUAACCAAGGCCGAGCCAAGCAAAGAAAAGGCCAAGGAGGGCAAGAAGGAUGACGCGGAGGAAGAGAAGCGAAGCUCCAUGACCAUGUUCAACUUGGUCUUCUUUCUGAAUCCCAAGAAGCAUGAGACUAGGGAGCUCGUUGAUUCCUUGUAUUCCAACAUUGUGAAAAAGGUCAACAAGGCGUACCAGUACAGCCAACAGCACAGCGAGUUUGUGUGGAAGGAGUCUAAGCGCAUCCUAGCCGCAAAGGACAGAGCUCGUGAAGAAACGUCUAUGCGUGAAAUCUACGACGCCGUCUCUCAGAACAGGAUUGCCACUUUGCAUCUGGAUACUGUAGACGGCAUCCUGACACCGUCUGUUCAGAUCCCUGUCCCCCUAUUCGUUGCGGAUCUGCCUCCGGAAGACGAUGAGCGGCAUCGCGGGCUUUGGCUCACCACGGCCAACGCCUUGCUGAGCCAAGAUGCCCUCGAAGAGCCAGGCUUCUUGGAUCGCAACUUUGCUCUGUUGCUCACAGACGAUGAAAAGAAGAUUGUCGCUGAGCUGGGCAAUGAUCGUGAUCCCACCGCUUCAUCCAUGGCUGAGUUUGCGCGACUUUCUAAACCGACAAUGUCCUUCUAUCAAGUGGGCCAAAGCAACACCCUCACUCUGGAUCAAGUCCGCAAGUAUGCCCAGCACUUCAUCUUUUGGCGUCGUGCCAUGGCCAUCCCGCCACUUCAUCCUCGAGACAUCUACAUGGUCUCCCCAAACUGCGAUCUUGAGAGGCUAUCUCAAGAUGCCCAGGACUGGCAGACGGCCUUUCCUCUGGCCCCGCCUCUGCCGACUUUCCUAGCUGAGCUCUCCGUCUUGCCUCGGCCUUAUAAAUUCAUCACUCCCAGCAAGGCUCACCGACCGCUCUAUCUCCGCAUGCUGGCUUGGCUGAUGCGAGGCGGCUGGGUGACCCAGCUUUGCACGUUUGCCUAUGUCGUUGUAUGGCCGGAAAUCUUGUACGAGGUUGACUACGAGAUUGAAGCAGAGGAACUUGGCGUCGCCACCUCUGUCGACGGAACCGAUACCACUAGCAUCCAUACCGCCCAAAGCACUCUGGAUGGGCAAUCCACACACUCAUCACUCACGUCGCCGCCGCUACAACUACCUUUGCAGCAGCAGCAGCAGCAGCAACCACAACAAUCACAGACCCAAGCUCAGGCACAGCCAAACAUGCCCAAUCCAUCUACCACAUCCGCAGCCGAACACUCCGCCGAAAUGGCCCGCCUCGAGCGCAUCGCCAUGAAAGCCCACCGCGAACUCGCCGACAAGGCCACCGCCCACGCCCGCAAAGUCGCCCCCGUCGCAACCGCCAACCCGUCCCUCAACGACGCGCCUCACCUCGCCGGCCUCACGCCGCACAUCAUCGUCGACCCUAAAAAGGCCACGGGUAAAGAGUCACGGUACCUGUCUGCCAUUGCGCGGCGCUUCAAGGACGAGGAGCACCGCUCGGCGUGGCAGCUCAUGUGUAAAUACUUUGAUGGGCGGUGUGCUUUGGAGAGGAUCGCUCUGCAGGAGGACAUGAAGCGGAAAAAGACAUGGACACUGGUGACGAGUAUGAGGGAGUACCUUUUGACUACAAGACAUUGGUGA